UAUGCCCAGGGCUUUUCGGUAUAUAAGCCGGCUGAGAGAGGUGGAAGGCACAGCUCUCCUGACCAGCUCAGUCAGCCAACACACCAACCAAACAUGAACACCCUGACCUUCGUGUGCCUGACGGCCCUGGUGGCGGUGGCCGCCGCCUCCGGAUACUACGGAUACGGAAACGCCAUCUCCGGAUCCCACAGCAACCAGUACGGCGGAUACGGGUACGGACGCGUCACCAAGGCCGUCGUCGGAACCGUCGGACUCGGCGGAUACGGCGGAUACGGCGCCGGAUACGGAUACGGCGGAUACGGCCUGGGUCUGGCCCGCGGAUACGGAGGAUACGGAUAUGGUCUCGCUCGCGGAUACGGAGGAUACGGACUCGGUCUCGGCUACGGCUACGGAUACCACUAAACUUCCCUUGUGACACUAUUUAACUGAUAACUAACUUAUCGUACUCAUUUUGUCUGCAGUGUGAAAUGAUGUACCGAUGUGUUUUACUUUUGGCUUUGUUAUUUAUUGAAUAAAUGACAGGAAUUUA